AUGUCUGAAGAUAAAUUAGCGGAAACACAAGCGCCUGUUGUCAAUCAAUCACCAAUUAAGUACUUUAUUAGUGGUGGAUUUGGUGGAAUAUGUACUGUGAUUGUUGGACAUCCUUUUGAUACCAUUAAAGUGCGAUUACAGACCAACUCAUCCUAUUCUGGGAUGAUGGAUUGUGCAUCAAAAACAAUCCAGAAAGAAGGAGUUCGUGGAUUGUACAAAGGAAUGAGUGCACCAAUUGCUGGCGUCGCACCAAUUUUUGCAAUCAGCUUCUUCGGUUUUGGUGUAGGAAAAAAGUUGUUACAACAAGAUGAUCAGCCACUGAGUAAUACAAGACUGUUUAUGGCUGGUGCAUUCUCAGGAAUAUUCACAACGUCAGUUAUGGCUCCUGGUGAGCGUAUUAAGUGCUUACUCCAAGUUCAACAAGGCAGCGGUGGUGAACAAAAGUACAAAGGAAUGAUUGACUGUGCUAGACAAUUGUACAAGGAAGGUGGAAUUAGAAGUAUCUAUAAAGGAUCAUUAGCAACUCUUUUAAGAGACAUGCCAGCAUCAGGAAUGUAUUUCUUAACAUAUGAAUUUAUUAAGAAGAAGGUUGCAGAGUCAGUUCCAGAAGGACAAAAGCUGACUCCAACGAGAGAAUUCUUAGGAACAAUAUUUGCUGGUGGGAUGGCUGGUGUUGCUAACUGGAGUGUUGGCAUGCCACAGGAUGUACUUAAGAGUAGAUUACAGACUGCACCGGAAGGCAUGUAUACAGGAAUGGGUGAUGUGUUUAGGCAAUUGAUGAAGAAUGAGGGACCAAUGGCUUUAUACAAAGGAUUCGCGCCUGUUAUGGCAAGAGCAGUUCCAGCAAAUGCUGCAUGCUUCAUCGGACUUGAGCUUUGUAUGAGAUUUUUGAACAACGUUGCACCAAACUUGUAAAAUAUACGAAUCAAGACUCCCAACAAUGCGCUAUGAGACUUGCAACUUGAAAUUAACAAAAAGGCAAUCGACAAUUUGUUAUGAUUUUAUUAUCUAUUAAUUCCCAAGACAUUCGUUAAUUUGGUGAUAAGGUUGAAAAUUGAAUUUUUAAAAGAAUCACUGCCUUUAUAUAAAAUUUACACAUAAAGUGUUACUGCAAUAUGUUA